ACGUAUUCAAGAACAAGGGUAUGAAGUUACUGUGUUUGAUCGGGAUCCUAUAUCACAUCGUGAAAAGGAAGUCGAUAUAGCACUUGCACUUAGUGUAGGAGGAAUUAUUGCUAGUAAUGACCCUGGUAUAUUAAUUCUGGUUAGUGGAGAUCGUGAUUAUGCACCCGCGGUAGAAAAGGCCCUGCAAAAGAAUUGGAUAGUUCAGACUUGGUUUUGGACUUCAGGAAUGUCUUGUAAACUUAAGGCGAAGACACAUUUUUAUUCACUUGAUAACUGUUAUCGAUCCUUUGCAUAUGGCCGAGGGCCUGACCCCACUGGGGAAAUGAAAGUUCUCGAAGUUACUGAAGGGAAUAUAAUCAAGAGCUGGGGAGACGAGAAAUUGAUAGAAUUGUUUAACACUUUGAAUUUAUUUGGUUGGUGGAAUUGGUUUGGUUCUAGUUCUGUGCAGAUAUAUUUCGAUAAUCGAGUGAACUUGGAGAUAGUAAAAAAUUAUAUUCAGAAUAACUAUCAAAAGUAUAUUGUCACUACUACUACUACGAUACCCAAAACACUUGAAGUGAUAUUGAUCGCUUUCAAGCCCUUUCCGGCGCAGAUGGAUUUGAUAAACAAUUCAGCGUUAAGCAGCUUCCUAGUUGUCCAAGGAGCACCGGGAGCGAGAAAUCCGCACUUAACGAGCCUACGGAAAGAUUAUUGGGCAAGAACGGAGGCAAAUUCGGGCAUAUGCUCAACCUUCUGUCGGCAAGCAAAUACAGCGAUAAUCCAUUGUUUUGGACAUUGGAAGAGCACACGGGAAGUACCAUCGAAGGACAUUCGCGGAGAGGGACAAAAAAUUAUAGAGCAAUAUCGAAAUUAUGGGCUUUAUUAA